UGCAGACUGCGCCUUUGCGCAAGCGGGCUGCGUGUCAAGGCCACAUUCAAAGCUCAUUGGUGGGCUUGUCAUGUGGUCGUCGCGUACGCGCAGCUAUGUCAGGUUCCAGAGGACAGCAAAAAUGUCCUUCCCCAGCAACUCUGCUGCGGCAAACCCCUUCUUAGUGGACGCACACGUUGGCGCGUGCAGGACGGACAACAUGUACGCGUCGUCCGCGUCUCGUGACUACGCCGUGCAAACCUGCGGACUCGUGCCAUCUUUGGCCAAAAGAGGGGCGCUCGGCCACCACGGCGCGGCCGCCAGCGUCCCCUCGUAUUUCGCCCACCGGUGGGGCGAAGCGGGCAGAGCGUGCAGAGCAGAGGCGCCCGUGAGUCCAAAGUGUACAUACGCACAGCAGAGCAUCAAGGAGGAGGGCGACUGCUGCAUGUUCUCCGAUAAAAGAGUGCAACAAGUCAGCCAGCGGCAGGCAGACGUCCACGCGUACUCGCCCGACCGAGCCGACGCCCCCGAGGUUCCAGUUCCGGGCUAUUUCAGACUCAGCCAAACGUACGCGCGCCACGGGAGGCGGCAGCGGGACGAGCGCGACGGCCAGCAGCCGAGCCCCACGCUGAUGCAGCCGGACCGCAUCGCCCCGCAAGAGCAGCCCGCGACACAGGAGGCCCCGCCGCGCGUCCCCGUGGCCGCGGGGAGUCCGGAUCCCUGCACGUCCAGCGUGGAGGAAGAAGACGACGAUGAAGAGCAGGAGGAAGAGGAGGAGGAGGAGGAGGAGGAAGAGGAGGAGAAGACGCAGUCCAGUCCCGAGCUGCUGGGGCCGCGGGACGCAGGGAAAGAGCAAAAUAACAACCCCCAAACCGGCAGCUGGUUGACGGCCAGGAGCGGCCGGAAGAAGCGUUCUCCCUACACCAAACACCAGACCUUGGAACUGGAGAAAGAAUUUCUGUUCAACAUGUACCUAACCCGAGAACGCCGCCUGGAAAUCAGCAGGAGUGUGAACCUGAGCGACCGACAGGUCAAGAUCUGGUUCCAGAACCGCAGGAUGAAGCUCAAGAAAAUGAACCGGGAAUGUCGAGUGCGUCAACUGAACUGUAAUCUCGCUUUCUCCUGAACUACGACCUGUAAUUCCCUGUAUUAGUAUUGAUCAAUAAUGUUAGCAUUCAUAUCUUUUCUAUGUCAGUUUAUUGUGGCAUUUGACAUUUAUUGGCUUUUUUUUUGUCACACUUUUUGGGUAUUAAAUUAUUGGACACUCACUGGUCACUUUAUUAGGUACACCUUCCUGCACAAUCUAAUGCAAUGUUUCACAGGCUUUAUUGAUACCACCUUUAUGACGCAGCUUGUCACAUUAUGAAACCUAUCUUGUACCUACUGAAGUGGCCAGUUUGAUGUGACUUUUUGCAGAAAUGUGCAUAGGGUUCAAUCUAUUUUAGUUGUCAGUGAAUUUGAGUGUAUUGUUGUACAGCCUAGUGUUUGAGUGUGAAGCAUUAGCUCACCAGAAAUGUGUUCCCACCGGCCCGCGAAUGGGCUUAAAAACAAGGUUCACGUCUGGUUAUGUGUUGCAUGUGUGUGGCAUGUACAGUCUCUUGCAAUAAACUCAUCAACAUUG